AUGCAGACCGUAAGCUGCAAGGUACCCGAGGUGCAAAUUGCCUCCCAGCUGGAGGAGCAACUUGAGAAGGGGGGAGGAGCGAGUGCAGCAGACCCAGAAAAUGAGAUGAACCUCCCACUCGCGAGUCUUGACUCUCCAGGCUCCUCCUUUCCCAGCCAGGGAACCUUCUUUUUUUGCGCCCAUGCCAAGCUUUCACACGGUACUUACACUAGUUUGUACACCUCACCGUCGCGCCGCCCGUUGUUUCCUUGCACCGGUGACCUCAGACCUGGCGCUGUCCAUUCGAGCAGCAAGGUCAAUGCUAAGUCUCGAGUCUCUUGCCCUCUCAUUGGUAUCAGGCUAAUAAUCUUGAUGACAGUUCAUCUUCGUAUCGUCAAGAAGGGGGGCCCUUCCAACAAGGGUUCCCGCCGCUCCUGCAUGAGCGGUCGAAGAAACCACAAACCGUCGCCCGGGCCUCCUAACUUCCGUACAACUCUUCCGCCCUACGCUGAUUGCGAUGAUGAUGAUCCAACGCCGUUUCGUCUGGCUUGGUCAAUCCAUCGUCUUCUUCAAUCUCCAAGCGCGACAAUUCCGAUGAACCAUCCACUACGGAAUACAACGUACGCAUACAUCAGGCUGUCAGCCAAUCCCGACUUCUUGCGGAUGUUAAUGCACCCUGCCAUCCCAUGGAUUCUGGACCUCGUGUUCGUGGCUGAUCGCCCGGCGCGCUUCGGCGGCAAAUUUGAUCUUCUCGGAGAAGCAAUCUUAUGGUCUGCUAGAGAAAAUCGACGGCGCGUCACCGAGAGAGAUAGCGGUCAUGAAAUGCUCGAGGUGGUAUGCAAGCCCGUCCGGAGGCAGAAAAUAACCCGACGGUCUACUUUUCAGGCGACCUGGAUCACCGACCACCCAGAUACUGUAGACUGGCGCGCGAGACUCGAACUAGACUCUCAAGUCACUAGACUAUCUGAAGCACUAAAAAACGCCUCACCAGAGAAAGGUAGUCGAAACACACCGUUCACCUCGCAACUAAUCUACGAACAACUGCUUUCUGUCUGCCGCAGUCUAUCUUUGGUUGUUCCAAGUUUCUUGCUAUGCGGGGUGGAUCUCCAACGGCCGGGGGGCUUGUUAUCAUCGAACGGUUCUCUCCACCUGCAUCCGUACGGCAACACAGACUUGGGAGCGCAUCUCGGGAUGCGGGAUCUUCAACGAGGCUACAAAACGAAUCUACAAUCUUUUCAAGCCCAGGAACGCCAUCUAGAAGCUCAGCCAGCGCACAAACACUCUCCACCGCACGCGAGCGAGCGCCUCAAUGACUUGGACGGUCCUCAGGCACGUGCGCAGCCUCCUUCUACCGUGGGCAAGCCUCAAGUAAUGACGGUAUUGUACCUACCACCCCCCGUCGUCAGUUGUGGAUCCCAUUUCCCGCAACCCCUUUUUUUCGCUUUUGCUUUCCAGCUUGGCCAGCUUCUGCUCAACUCUCAAGCCUUGGCCCCCUUCUGCGCUGAAUCCUCUCCCACUCGCCCAUCUCCGCCUCAUCCCCCCAGAGAAAAUGCCGAGCUGAACCAGACUCUUUUCGGGCGGAGGCUCGCGAUCCCCACCACCCUCUCGUAUUCACCCCCGGGAGGCCUAAGACUCGCCAAAGAAGCAAAAUGCUGGCAAGUUGGUCAAUGGCCGACAAACGCAACAUCCCGGUCUCUGCACAAUGCGUGCAACGUGCAAGCUGCCAGCGAUCAACGUGUCUGGUGA